CCCCAGCAGCGGCUCACUCUGCUCCCCCGGGUCGGAGCCCCCCGGAGCUGCGCGCGGGCUUGUAGCGCGGAGUCUAGCGCAGAGCGCCUCGCCCGCGUCGUCCUCCCCGCACCCGGCGUCUCGGCGCUCCCGCCGUCCCGCCGCCCGCUUUCCAGCGCAGCGAGCGGGUCCGGGACGAGCUCGGGCCCCGGCCGCCUCGUGCUUCCCCGGCUCGGCUCCCUCCGCCCCCCGGGGGUCGCGCGCCCACGAUGCCGCAGGGCCCCGGCUCGCUGCUGCUGCUGGUCCUCGCCUCGCACUGCUGCCUGGGCUCCGCGCGCGGGCUCUUCUUCGGCCAGUCCGACUUCUCGUACAAGCGCAGCAACUGCAAGCCCAUCCCGGCCAACCUGCAGCUGUGCCACGGCAUAGAGUACCAGAACAUGCGGCUGCCCAACCUGCUGGGCCACGAGACCAUGAAGGAGGUGCUGGAGCAGGCGGGCGCCUGGAUCCCGCUGGUCAUGAAGCAGUGCCACCCGGACACCAAGAAGUUCCUGUGCUCGCUCUUCGCCCCCGUCUGCCUCGAUGACCUGGACGAAACCAUCCAGCCAUGCCACUCGCUCUGCGUGCAGGUGAAGGACCGCUGCGCUCCAGUCAUGUCCGCCUUCGGCUUCCCCUGGCCCGACAUGCUCGAGUGCGACCGUUUCCCCCAGGACAACGACCUCUGCAUCCCCCUCGCUAGCAGCGAUCACCUCCUGCCGGCCACCGAGGAAGCUCCAAAGGUAUGCGACGCCUGCAAAAAUAAAAACGAGGAUGACAACGACAUAAUGGAAACUCUUUGUAAAAAUGAUUUUGCACUGAAAAUAAAAGUGAAGGAGAUCACCUACAUCAACAGAGACACCAAAAUCAUCCUGGAGACCAAGAGCAAGACCAUCUACAAGUUGAACGGUGUGUCCGAAAGGGACCUGAAGAAAUCGGUGCUGUGGCUCAAGGACAGCUUGCAGUGCACCUGCGAGGAGAUGAACGACAUCAACGCGCCCUAUCUGGUCAUGGGACAGAAACUGGGCGGGGAGCUGGUCAUCACCUCGGUGAAGCGGUGGCAGAAGGGGCAGAGAGAGUUCAAGCGCAUCUCCCGCAGCAUCCGCAAGCUGCAGUGCUAGGUCCCCGCGCAGCCCGGCUCUGCCCGCCCUACCCUGUCUCCUCCGGGACCUCAGCGCUCGUUUCCCAGGCACAGUCCCUGCAGCUCCGGCCCCAGCCCGGAGCUGCCCCCCUGCCCUUUGCACGUUUGCACCCCCGGCAUGUCCUGAGUUGUAAGGCCCUCAGAGGCAUCAGCAAUGGAGAGCUGUUUUCACAUAAAGGAAAAAAACCCACCCAAAUCAUGUAGAAAUAUUCCAACUAAUAAAAUCAUGGCUAUUUCUACGACGUUUUAAAAUAGCUCAUGUCAAAACUAGCUUCGCCUAGGUGCAGCUGGGCCUUGGGUUUGACUUUGUUGGUUGGUUUGGUUGGGGUCAGCCGAUUUUCACUUUCCAAGGCUGCCGGAACGUGCAGAGAGCUCCGCUUUGCUCUGUGGUUCCAACUGUCGUGGGUCCAAAACCCGGUUGAGAUAAAGCUGGCUGUUAUCUCAACAUCUCUUUCGGCUUCAGCCUGAUACUCAGCGCCUACGUCUUGUAACAGCUCACUUGGCAUUUUACAUCCCUGUCGGGAACUGACAACUGCAGUACGUAUCGCUAUUCCAGGUAGAGUAUUUCCAUUUAUAAAAACCACAUUAACCACCGUAGCAUGAGUUCUUCAAAUAAAGGGCGACGCAGACAAAUGUUAUCAUUGACCUGAGUACUUUAAGCUUUGUUUAAAACACUUUUUCCUUAAUUUUGCAAAUUAAACCAGUGUAGCUUCCCUGUAAUAUACAUAGUAGUUGACUUGAAAAAGUUGUACAAAUAUUGCUUUAACCAACACUGUAAAUAUUUCAGAUAAACAAUAUAUUCUUGUAUAUAAACUUGACAUCCUGUUUUACCAA